GCCAGGCCGGAACCCUGCGUCGGGGCCGCGCGGCCCGGGGAGCGCGUUCCGCGACGCACCGGACGUGGCGGCGGAGCCGGUGGCGAAGCUGGAGCGGCGUUGGCGGCGGCGGGAGGCCGAGGCCGGGGCUGAGGCCGGGGCCGGGGCUGCGAGGCCGGCGGGGCGGCAGGCGGCGACGCGGGGCCCCAGCCCGGACGCGGGAGCGGCCGCCAUGGCCGAGAGUAUGAUAAUCCGUGUCCAGUCUCCCGACGGGGUGAAGCGGAUCACCGCGACCAAGAGAGAGACAGCCGCGACGUUUUUGAAGAAGGUCGCCAAGGAGUUCGGCUUCCCAAAUAAUGGCUUCUCAGUCUACAUCAAUAGGAACAGGACGGGGGAGAUCCCCGCCUCCUCCAGCAAGUCCCUCAACCUGCUGAAGAUCAAGCACGGGGACCUGCUCUUCCUCUUCCCUGAGACCCUGGCGGGCCCCUCAUCCGAGAUGGAGACGUCAGCUCCCCUGGGGCUGAAGCCGGCGGGAGCGCCCAGCGUGGUGGAGGACGAGAUUGACCAGUACCUCAGCCGGCAGGAUGGCAAGAUCUACCGUAGCCGCGACCCUCAGCUGUGCCGGCACGGCCCCCUGGGGAAGUGUGUGCACUGCGUCCCCCUCGAGCCCUUCGAUGAGGAUUACCUGAAUCAUCUGGAGCCGCCUGUGAAGCACAUGUCUUUCCACGCCUACAUCCGCAAGCUGACAGGGGGUGCCGACAAAGGGAAGUUUGUGGCCCUGGAGAACAUCAGCUGCAAGAUCAAGUCAGGGUGUGAGGGGCACCUGCCGUGGCCCAAUGGCAUCUGUACCAAGUGCCAACCCAGCGCCAUCACCCUCAACAGACAGAAGUACAGACACGUGGACAACAUCAUGUUCGAGAACCACACUGUGGCCGAUCGCUUCCUCGACUUCUGGCGCAAGACGGGCAGCCAGCACUUCGGGUUCCUGUACGGGCGCUACACAGAGCACAAGGACAUCCCGCUGGGCAUCCGGGCGGAGGUGGCCGCCAUCUACGAGCCCCCGCAGAUUGGGACUCAGAACAGCCUGGAACUGCUGGAGGACCCCAAAGCCGAGGUGGUAGACGAGGUCGCUGCCCAGCUCGGCCUGAGGAAGGUCGGCUGGAUCUUCACAGACCUUGUGUCAGAAGACACCCGGAAGGGCACAGUCCGCUACAGCCGGAACAAGGACACCUAUUUCCUGAGCUCAGAGGAGUGCAUCACCGCAGGGCACUUCCAGAACAAGCACCCCAAUAUCUGCCGGCUCUCCCCAGAUGGACACUUCGGCUCCAAGUUUGUCACUGCGGUGGCCACAGGUGGCCCCGACAACCAGGUGCACUUCGAGGGCUACCAGGUGUCCAAUCAGUGCAUGGCGCUGGUGCGGGACGGCUGCCUGCUGCCCUGCAAGGACGCGCCCGAGCUGGGCUACGCCAAGGAGUCGAGCAGCGAGCAGUACGCACCCGACGUCUUCUACAAGGACAUCGACAAGUUUGGCAACGAGAUCACCCAGCUGGCCCGGCCGCUGCCCGUGGAGUACCUCAUUAUCGACAUCACGACGACCUUCCCCAAGGAGCCCGUGUUCACCUUUUCCAUCUCUCAAAGCCCAUUUCCCAUUGAGAAUCGGGAUGUGCUAGGGGAGACACAGGACUUCCAUAGCCUGGCCACCUACCUGUCCCACAAUGCCUCGUCUGGCUUCCUGGAUGCCGUCUCGGACUUCCACCUCCUGCUCUUCCUGGUCACCAACGAGGUCAUGCCCCUGCAGGACAGCAUCAGCUUGCUGCUGGAGGCCGUGCGCACGCGCAAUGAGGAGCUGGCGCAGACCUGGCGGCGGUCGGAGCAGUGGGCCACCGUGGAGCAGCUCUGCAGCACCGUGGGGGUGCAGCUGCCCGGCCUGCAGGAGUACGGUGCGGCCGGGGGGCCCGCGCAUGAUGCCACGGCCGCCAUGUGGGCCUGUCAGCACUGCACCUUCAUGAACCAGCCGGGCACCGGCCACUGCGAGAUGUGCAGCCUCCCCAGGACCUAGGCCUCGCUGCAGACCGCCUGCUCCCCUCCGGUGACGCUCCUGGCUGGCAGGACCCUGGGCAGGCUGCCCUGCGUGUGGCCUCGCUCCCUGGGGCUUCCUCUGCGGGGUCCUGGCUGCCCCAUCCCUGGCUCUGGGGGGCGGCUGACGGUCUGCGCUGGUUGUAAUAACACUUAUCCAUGAUUCCUGCCCAGAGGACGCUAUUUAUUUUUUUAAGAUAAAAAUUGCAUAAAGAGGGAGUGAGGCUAUUUCCACUUCCUUCCCCCUUUAGUGAGUCCCUGUGGGUAUUUGGGGUGGGGUCCCAGUCCUCCUUGGAAGUGACCUCAGUGCCUGAGUGCUCCCCAGCCAGUACCCGCCUGCUGCCCGGGCGUCUGGGAACCAGGUUCCCGCUUCCCCUUCUGUGCCAGCCCCCUCGGACUCCGUAGUGACCUUGGGGCAGCCAGGGUGGGGGCACCAGGAAGCGGAGACAAGACUGGUCAGAACUCAGUCACGUGCUCUGGGUCCCCCAGCCCUUCCCCAGGCAAGGGGACCCCCACAAGCCUCUUUGCCUUAAGGAGAGCUCUUUGCUGCGGGCUCCUGCCUGCCCCGCAGAUGCGGGGGGCUUCAUGCUUGCCCCAGGCAACCAGCGACUGAGGGAGUCAUCUCUGCCAGAACCUUGACAGACUGGACGCACACGCCACACUGCACGCGUGUAACAUGCAUCCACGUGUACCACGCACACCAGACGCUUAGACACAUGGUUUCCUGGUCCCUGUGCCAGACAGUCCUCUCCACCUGCCCACCGCUGCGUGCCUACUGCCUUCUGCACCGGAAGCUGGCCCUACAUACCUGUCCACUUGCUCUUGUCUUUUAGCUCAAGAAAGUUGCUGUUUAUUGCUCCUGG